AUGGGAACGCUUCAAACAUGGAGGAAGGCCUAUGGCGCUAUCAAAGACUCCACCAAAGUCGGCCUCGCUCAUGUCAAUAGCGAUUACGCGGAACUGGAUGUUGCAAUUGUUAAGUCGACGAAUCAUGUCGAGUGUCCACCCAAAGAAAGACAUGUCAGGAAAAUCUUGUUUGCUACUCAAGCCAUUCGUCCCAGAGCUGAUGUUGCUUACUGCAUCCACGCUCUUUCCCGACGGUUGGCCAAGACCCACAACUGGACGGUGGCACUGAAGACACUGAUUGUUAUCCAUAGAUUGCUAAGGGAAGGUGACCCUACUCUUAGAGAAGAACUACUGAACUACACCCAAAGAGGGCGCAUUCUCCAGCUUUCAAACUUCAAGGAUGAUUCUAGUCCUAUUGCGUGGGAUUGUUCUGCUUGGGUACGUACAUAUGCAUUGUUUUUGGAGGAGCGUCUUGAAUGCUUUAGAGUCUUGAAGUAUGACAUUGAAGCUGAGCGUCUCCCGAAACCUGCUCAGGCCCAGGAUAAGGGCUACAGCAGAACCAGGGACUUGGAUAGUGAAGAGCUACUAGAGCAACUUCCUGCGCUACAGCAGUUGUUGUACCGGCUUGUUGGUUGUCGGCCAGAAGGUGCAGCUGUUGGAAAUUAUGCUAUUCAGUAUGCUCUUGCUCUGGUGUUGAAAGAGAGCUUCAAAAUAUAUUGUGCUAUCAAUGAUGGAAUUAUCAAUCUUGUGGAUAAGUUUUUUGAAAUGCCAAGGCAUGAAGCCAUCAAAGCUCUUGAUGUGUACAAAAGAGCUGGCCAGCAGGCUGCUAGCCUUUCUGAUUUCUAUGAAGUGUGCAAAGGAUUGGAACUUGCUAGGAACUUUCAGUUCCCUGUCUUAAGAGAGCCUCCACAAUCUUUUCUUACAACCAUGGAAGAGUACAUACGGGAGGCACCCCGUGUUGUGUCUGUUACUAGUGAACCAUUGCUCCAGUUGACAUACCGACCAGAUGAUGGUCCUUCUGAGGAUGCUAAAUCGAGUGAUGAACCGGAGCAACUUCCUGCUGAUGUUGUUGAUGUUUCACACGUCGAAGUUUCUUCUCAAGCUCCUACUCCUGUUGCCCCUCCUCCUCAGAACGGCAUGGUUACUGGAGAUCUACUGGGAUUAAGUAAUGCAUCCCCAGAUGCAUCUGCAAUAGAGGAAAGUAACGCAUUGGCUUUAGCCAUUGUCUCGUCUGAAACAGAUACUACUGCACCAACAUUCAAUUCUGGUGCUGGUCAAGCAAAGGAAUUUGAUCCCACUGGAUGGGAACUUGCCCUGGUCACUGCCCCAAGCAAUAACAUCUCAUCCGCUAAUGAGAGGCAGUUGGGUGGUGGAUUAGACACACUGACCCUCAACAGCCUAUAUGAUGAUGGUGUUUAUAGAGCAGCGCAGAAGCCGGUUUAUGGAGUACCAGCACCAAACCCUUUUGAGGUGCAUGACCCGUUUGCUCUGUCAACUAGCAUAGCUCCGGCAGCAGCAGCCGCACAAAUGGGUCAGCAACAACAGCCAGUCAUCAACCCCUUUGGUCCAUACCAAACGUCCCCUUUUAUGCAGCAGCAGGCAUUCCAACCUCAUCCCCAUAAUCCUUUUGGCGACGCAGGCUUUGGCAGCGCUGGCUUUACGGCUAUGCCCCUUGAUCAUCAUCCUCAUUCUCAGCCUCAUCAGGCUAACAAUCCAUUUGGAAGUACAGGCCUUUUGUAA